AUGACCGUCUCCUACACGCUCAAAGUCGCCGACUCCCGUUUCGGGGGCUUCUCCAAGCUGCUCUUCCGCUGGAAGGGCAGCAUCUACAAGCUGCUGUACAAGGAGUUCAUCGUCUUCGUGGUGCUGUACGCGCUGCUCAGCGUCGUCUACCGGCGGCUGCUGACCGAGGAGCAGAAGCGUCUCUACACCAAAGUGGCUCAGUACUGCAACCGCUCCACGGACCUCAUCCCCAUGUCCUUCGUCCUAGGUUUUUACGUCACCCUGAUCGUGAACCGGUGGUGGGCGCAGUACACCAGCAUCCCCCUGCCCGACCAGCUCAUGUGCAUCAUCUCCAGCAACGUCCACGGCAAGGACGAGAGGGGUCGGAUCCUGCGGCGCACCCUCAUCCGCUACGCCAACCUCUCGGCUGUCCUCAUCCUGCGCUCCGUCAGCACCAGGGUGCUCAAGCGCUUCCCCACCAUGGACCACGUGGUGGAAGCGGGCUUCAUGACGCAGGACGAGCGCAAGAAGUUCGAGAGCCUGCACUCGGACUUCAACAAGUACUGGGUGCCCUGCGUGUGGUUCACCAACCUGGCGGCGCAGGCCAGGCGGGACGGCCGCAUCCGCGACGACGUGGCCCUGCGCCUGCUGAUGGACGAGCUGAACGCGUACCGGGCCAAGUGCAGCAUGCUCUUCCACUACGACUGGAUCAGCAUCCCGCUGGUGUACACGCAGGUGGUCACCAUCGCCGUGUACUCCUUCUUCGCCUUCUGCCUCAUCGGGCGGCAGUUCCUGGAGCCGCUGGAGCCGGGGCAGGAGGGGGAUCUGGACAUGUACGUGCCCCUCUCCACCCUCCUGCAGUUCUUCUUCUACGCCGGCUGGCUGAAGGUUGCCGAGCAGAUCAUUAACCCGUUCGGGGAAGACGACGAUGACUUCGAGACCAACAAGCUGAUAGACAGGAAUCUGCAGGUGUCCCUGCUCUCGGUGGAUGACAUGUACCAGAACCUGCCGCCAGCCGCCAAGGACAAGUACUGGAACGAGUCCACGGCUCAGCCCCCCUACACCAUGGCCACCGCCGCCGAGACCCUGAAGCCCUCCUUCCUGGGCUCCACCUUCGACAUGCGCAUGUGCGAGGACGUGGAGCAGAGCCAGCCGGUGGAGGUCUCGCCGAGCAUGCCGCGCAUCCAGACGCCCCUGCUCGGCCGCUUCCUCGCCGCCGCCUCCCCCGCCAUCAGCAUCAAAAAUUUCGGCCGGGGCGGCCGAGCCACCCCCCACCUGCGGCGUCCCCGGGGGGACGGAGCCUUCCCCUCCCCGCACCCUGGCCGCCCCGAGGACCCCGAGGCGGUGGAUCGCAUCGAGGAGGAGGAGACGGAGGAUGAUGAGAGCCGGGGCAGCGAGCCCCCCACGCCGGGUGGUCCCCUGGGGGGACCCCGGUCGCCGAAGGCCUCCGAAAUGCGGAGGAAGGAGCUGCCGCUGGUCCUGGUGAAGGCUCCGUCCAGCGAGAGCAUCGGGGCUGAGCGGCCGGGGGGCUGGGAGCCCUGA